AUGGCUAAGUCUCUGUUGCUGGUUCUCUACUUAGCGCUGGUUGUGGCUCCGGGCUGGGGGUCCAGCACUCGCCCCACAGGAACUAUCGAGCCCCCAGACGUGCAAACGGUGGCACCCACGGAGGAUGAGACUCUGCAAAACGAAGCAGACAACCAGGAAAACGUCUUAUCUCAGUUGCUGGGGGACUAUGACAAGGUCAAGGCCGUGUCAGAGGGCUCAGACUGUCAGUGCAAGUGUGUGGUGAGACCCCUGGGCCGUGACGCCUGCCAGAGGAUCAAUGAGGGGACCUCCAGGAAGGAAGACUUCUACACUGUGGAGACCAUCACUUCAGGCUCAUCCUGCAAGUGUGCCUGUGUUGCGCCCCCAUCUGCCCUCAAUCCCUGUGAGGGAGACUUCAGGCUACAGAAGCUACGGGAAGCAGACAGCCGGGACUUAAAGCUCUCCACCAUCAUGGACAUGCUAGAAGGCGCUUUUUAUGGCCUGGAUCUCUUGAAACUGCAUUCAGUCACCACCAAACUGAUAGGGCGAGUGGAUAAGCUGGAGGAGGAAGUUUCUAAAAACCUCACCAAAGGAAAUGAGCAAAUCAAAGAGGACAUGGAAGAAAUUCGGACUGAAAUGAACAAACGAGGAAAAGAGAACUGCUCUACGAACACGCUAGAUAGCGUGCCAGACAUCCGGUCAGCCCUGCAGAGGGAUGCGGCGGCUGCCUAUGCCCACCCAGAGCAAUAUGAGGAGCGAUUUCUGCAGGAAGAAACCGUGUCCCAGCAGAUUAAUUCCAUCAAGCUUCUGCAGACGCGGCCCCUGACCCCUCCAGAGGUGGUGAAGCCACAGCGGCCCCUACAGAGACAGGUCCACCUGAGGGGCCGGCCAGCCUCCAAGCCCACUGUUAUCCGGGGCAUCACCUACUACAAAGCCAAGGACCCUGAGGAGGAGAAUGACAUCGAAGAGCAGCAAGAUGAGUUUUUCAGUGGUGACAGUGGAGUGGAUUUGCUGAUUGAAGAUCAGCUCUUGAGACACAACAACCUGCUGACCAGCACCACCCAGAGGCCAGCAACUGUGACAAGUGACCAGAGUACUCAGACCACACUUUUGUCUUCAGCGCUGCUGCAGACCUCAACCUCCACACCCACUGACCCUGCUCUCUUUGCCUCGGUAGAACAACUCUCAGCAACACCCCAAGCCACCUCUGUGUUUCCAGACCCCAUGCAGGAGGCAGCCCUUAAACCUACUCUGGGGCCAGUUACCACCACGGCACAGACCCAGCAGCCUCCAGCCUCAGCUCCCUCAGCAGUGACCCCUGGGGUCACAUCUGUGGAAGGUACCCUGGUGGCCCCAGUGCCCACCACAGUCAGGACAGGCCCAAUGGGGAAGGAGGCUACUUCUGGGCCCACCCUGAGCCCUGAAGAAGAAGAUGACAUCCGCAAUGUCAUAGGAAGAUGCAAAGACACCCUCUCCACAAUCUCUGGGCCGACCACCCAAAACACAUAUGGACGGAACGAAGGAGCCUGGAUGAAGGACCCCCUGGCUAAGGAUGAGCGCAUUUAUGUGACCAAUUAUUACUAUGGCAACACACUAGUGGAAUUCCGGAACCUGGAAAACUUCAAACAAGGUCGCUGGAGCAAUUCCUACAAGCUCCCGUACAACUGGAUCGGCACGGGGCAUGUAGUAUACAAUGGGGCCUUCUACUACAACCGGGCCUUUACCCGCAACAUCAUUAAGUAUGACCUGAAGCAGCGCUACGUUGCCGCCUGGGCCAUGCUCCAUGAUGUGGCCUAUGAAGAGGCCACCACCUGGAGGUGGCAGGGUCACUCCGACGUGGACUUUGCUGUGGAUGAGAAUGGCCUGUGGCUCAUCUACCCAGCCCUGGACGAUGAGGGCUUCAGCCAGGAGGUCAUCAUCCUGAGCAAGCUCAAUGCCAUGGACCUGAGCAUGCAGAAGGAGACCACAUGGCGCACUGGGCUCCGGCGUAACUUCUACGGCAACUGCUUUGUCAUCUGUGGGGUGCUGUAUGCCGUGGACAGCUACAACCAGCGGAAUGCUAACAUCUCCUAUGCCUUCGACACCCACACCAACACUCAGAUUGUCCCUAGGCUGCUGUUUGAAAAUGAGUAUUCCUACACUACCCAAAUAGACUACAACCCCAAGGACCGCCUGCUCUAUGCCUGGGACAAUGGUCACCAGGUCACCUACCAUGUCAUCUUCGCCUACUGACACCCCUGUUCCCGACAAGCAGAAAUUGCAGUGGGGCCACUAGCACCUUGUAUGUAUGUGUGUGAGUGUGUGUGUGUGUAGUUGGGUAUGUGUUGUUUAAAAUAGAUAUAUAUUAUUUUGUAUGAUA